CUCGCAGGCUAAGCUAGCGGGUCAGAGCGCCUCUCUACCCCGGCGAUGGCGGAGGACAGCGAGUCUGCGGCCAGCCAGCAGAGCCUGGAGCUGGACGACCAGGACACCUGCGGCAUCGACGGAGACAACGAGGAGGAGAAUGAGCACAUGCAGGGGAGUCCUGGUGGAGACCUUGGUGCAAAGAAGAAAAAGAAAAAGCAGAAGAGAAAGAAAGAAAAACCCAGCUCAGGAGGAACCAAGUCAGAUUCUGCCUCUGAUUCUCAGGAGAUAAAGAAUCCAGCCAUUCCCAUGCAGAAGCUGCAGGACAUUCAGAGAGCAAUGGAGCUGCUGUCCACCUGUCAAGGACCUGCCAAGAGCAUAGACGAGGCCACUAAGCACAAGUACCAGUUCUGGGACACCCAGCCUGUCCCUAAACUCAAUGAGGUGGUGACUACUCAUGGGCCGAUUGAGCCGGACAAGGAGAAUGUCAGACAGGAGCCAUAUUCCCUCCCACAAGGUUUCAUGUGGGACACACUGGAUCUCAGCAAUGCUGAAGUGCUGAAGGAGCUGUACACGUUGCUGAACGAGAACUAUGUUGAGGAUGAUGACAACAUGUUCCGUUUCGACUAUUCUCCUGACUUUCUCAAAUGGGCACUACGCCCCCCAGGCUGGCUUCCCCAGUGGCACUGUGGUGUGAGGGUCUCCUCCAAUAAGAAACUGGUGGGCUUUAUUAGUGCCAUUCCUGCAGACAUCCAUAUCUACGACACGUUAAAGAAGAUGGUAGAGAUUAACUUUCUGUGUGUGCAUAAAAAGCUGCGCUCCAAACGUGUAGCUCCGGUUCUGAUCCGAGAGAUCACACGACGGGUCAAUCUUGAGGGCAUAUUCCAGGCUGUGUACACCGCUGGAGUAGUGCUGCCCAAACCUGUCUCCACGUGCAGGUACUGGCAUCGCUCUCUAAAUCCCAGGAAGCUGGUUGAGGUGAAAUUUUCCCAUCUCAGCAGAAACAUGACACUACAAAGAACCAUGAAACUCUACAGGUUACCUGAUAGCACACGUACUGCGGGGCUAAGGCCAAUGGUGGCUGGAGAUGUUAAACAGGUGACAGCUCUGCUGCAGAAGUACCUCAGCCAGUUUCACCUGCGGCCCGUCAUGGGAGAAGAGGAGGUUCAGCACUGGUUUCAACCGCAGGAGAAUAUCAUAGACACAUACGUAGUGGAGGGUCCUGGUGGCAUGUUGACCGACUUUGCUAGUUUCUACACUUUGCCAUCCACCGUUAUGCAUCAUCCACUCCACAAAAGCCUGAAGGCAGCGUACUCCUUUUAUAAUGUGCAUACAGAGACUCCGCUGUUGGACCUGAUGAACGAUGCACUUAUACUCGCAAAACUGAAAGGCUUUGAUGUUUUUAACGCUCUGGAUUUAAUGGAGAAUAAGACUUUUUUGGAAAAGCUCAAGUUUGGAAUCGGAGAUGGCAACCUUCAGUAUUACCUUUACAACUGGAAAUGCCCACCUAUGGACCCAGAGAAAGUUGGCCUUGUGCUACAAUAACUGUCUGCUGAGGGCCUGAAACGCUUACAGGACACAGGAGGAGGUAGUCGGCUUCAAUAAAAACAAAAGACAACAAUCCAUUCAAAGUGAAUGAUUUCCAUCGUGCAGCUCUCUUAGGUCUCGUUUUGGUUACGAGAGAGUUUUCUCUCAGUAUUUUUCUUUCUAUAUAUCCUGAAUGUGAAAAUCAUCAGCUUCAGACUACAGACUUCUUCAUAUUGUAUCAAAACACACACAGACACAUACAAGUUUAGAGUUCAUUCCUUGUGACACGCAUAAACUGUUACUGUCAUUUUCUAAAAUGCACACUCAGACGCACGCCUCUCGGACGAUCAGUUAAUUCCAAAACCCUUUGGGUUUUUUUUUCCUGUCCUUUUCUUUUGUUCUAUGACGGUGCAUUGAUGUAUGUGUGAAAGAACUAGCAUCCUGUAUAGUUAAUGCCAGAUAUUUAUAUUAUGUGUCGUGUGGUUUACAAGGGGCUAAGAAACAAGGGGGAGGGUCCAAUCCAAAGGCUUAUACUGUGGAGCUGCCUCUGAAGUCCUACACCAUAGGAGUUCCAGCAGUAAGUCAAUAGGUUCAAGAGGGUUUUUUUUGGGUAUGUGAGGAAGAAUGUAUUGCAUUUAUGAAGCACAAAAUGUUCUUAUGUUCUAAAAGCAGCAGAACACUCCAGCGUGCAUUUUAAGCUCUUUAUUUUUUUUGUCUGUUUAGUUUUUGUUUUAUUAUGUAUGUUUAGGUCUUGAGUGUCUGAGAACAACUAGAAAGAAGAAUGUGAAUCCUUGUUUUAAAUUUGUUUCUUUAAUGGCAUUUUAGUGUUUUUGAUGCCAGCUUUUGUUCCGUUAAAUCCUCUCUGUUCAGUCUUUUGUUUCAAACAAUUCUGAUAUUUAGAAUUGUAUUUAAGUUCAAUUUGUUGGAUUUUCUUUUUUAUUUGGUCAGUAUUGUUUUCAGAGCAUCCAUUCAUCGAUCAGACAGUGAUGAAAAAGAAAAGUAAAAAAUCUGCAAGUACCUCCUGGGAAUUUUCAUAAACAAGCACAAAAGAAAAAAGUCAAACAAUCACAGACGCAUCGUCGCAGUUGACGACGCUCUUUACAGCUCCAGCUUUCCCAGUGCUUUUGGUUGCGUUCGCAGCUGAGAAACCUGCUUUUUAUUCGAUCAGACGACUGAUUAAAUCACUGUUACGUUGGACUUUCCGAAAUACUGAUUAAUUGAUUAUUUAUAUAAUUAGAAAACGCCUUUGUAUUCCUGCUUCUCUCGUCAUAGUAGGCAUCAGUGUAUCAAGCCAACAAAAGUACUUUUUAAACAAGUGCACAUCCAAGGUGUCAUGCUUAGGAAAUAACUGAAGAAAAAGAGCAGAAUUUCACAUCUUAUACAAACACUUUUUCAACAAAUUCUCUAUCUGCCAUCAAGAGAUACAUCAUAUGUCCAGUAAGCAGAGAUAAUGAAGAUACUUUAUCACUUCUGUCAUCAGUGUUUCUCAAACCUGCUCUUGGAGAUGCCCUACCCUGCACAUUGUAAUGGAGUAUCUGCUUAAAUAUGCCUCUUUCCACUAGAAAUGACUUGUUAAUGAGCUGAUUAGUGCUUACCAAAACGAGGUUGCCUAAAAACACAUUAAAGAUAUGUCCAUGUGUACUGAUAUUUAAAAAGAAAAUGUCAGUUGUGUUAAGUUGAGUUAAGCUGGAGAUUCUGAAAAAAUUGAGCUUUAUGAAAAUUUUGACAGCACAAUGCAUGCCUGUUUCUGAAAUACUCCCUAUAUAGUGAACUACAUAUACAACUGCAUAAAACUGCAUUGUAUACACUGAUAUAGCUAUAGAUUUCCACAAAUGAUCACAUGUAAAUACUGUUCUAUUACAUGUUAUAUACUCUGUUUAGAUUUAAAAUCCAUCAUACUGACAUAGUGCACUACAUAGGGAGUAGUGUGUAAUUUGGUAUGAGAAAUGUGUUUUUCUCUCUCUAUGGACUAAUAUAAAAAAAAACAUUGGGAGGGACUUUGGAUCGGUAUUUGAAAUAUCUUAUCGUCUAAAUGUGCAGGGGAAAGGGCCUCCAGGACCUGGAGUCAGACACACAGAACCUGUAGCCUAGUCUCAGUUAAAGGAGUGACUAGUCUCUACUGAGCCAUUUUUCAUAUAUCCGUCAUGGACCCUGUUUAUACCUGGCCACUUUAUGUGCCCUAAAGAGCAGGAUUAUGUCUGGAUAAGAUGCAAAUUACAAAACGCAAGUGUAAACACACCUAAGACACAUUUAAAACAGAUAUAAAUACAGUUUUCAAACCACUUCAGGAGGUGGUCAGAGCUGCAUGAUCUAGCAGUGUAAACACAUUCGACUCAAAGACACAUUUAACAACUAUAAUCACUCCCAAUACAACUUAAACAUCAGUAACAUUUGCAGCAAGUCAAUUUGCAUAUUCAGUCUCACACAGCAAUCAUAUUUCCAUCUUGCUAACAGGAAAAGCAUUUGCCUUUCAAGUGUAACUACAUGUGGUUAAAAUCGUAUCCGUAUUCAAUCCAGAUACUUAUCACAUAAAGUAACCAGGUAUAAACAGGGUUUUAAAAGCAGUUAACCAAUCAAAUCCCUUCAGGAGUCAGAUAAAAAAUAGAUUAAAAACAAUAGAGUAUUCAUUUAGAUCAUUAACUUUAUUUACUGAUGUUUUUUCUCCUAAUGUCCAGGACACUUUGCGAAUGUUGGUUUGUGUAUGCUGUCCUGAAGCUUGCUGUAUGAACUGAGCAUGAUUUUUGUUGCUCUUUUUUUUUUUGUUCCUUUCUUCACCCCUGAUGUGUUGGUACAAGUCUCAAUGGUGAGAACAUCCAAAGUACUUGCCUUAUUUGAGAGGUCGUUUUUUUAAAACAAUAUCAAAUGUAGUUUUGAAAUGACGCUCAGCUUUCUCUUUCUGAAAACAAUAUUUUUAUUGAACUCCAUUGCAGGUUGUUUAAUAACCUUAAAGGAAAAUGUAACCAGCACCAUGUCAAACACGGUGGCCACCCAAAUAUCUAAUUGUUAAACUCUACAUCAAGGUAUACCAGCAUGGAUUAUUUGAUUGAAUAAAAAUCAUCUGAAUCUGAACCAA